AUGUAUUACAUGACAUUCUACUCAGACACUCGUCGCAUUCAGUGUCCCUACCCAGGCUGUAAAUGCUGGCUAAAAUCUGUGUCCGGGCUGAAAGUUCAUCAAAACUUGGCACAUAGCCACUCAUUUACUUGUUCUGCUCAGUCAUCAUGCACUCAAUGUGCUUCAGUUGAAGAAAUUCAAGAUGAAGGAGACACUCCGAGACAUACAAAUACUGAUGCGGCACUGCAGGAGUCAAAGUCUGGGCUCAUACAUGAUUAUCAUGACCUUCUGACUGGUUGUAUUUGUGACGAGAACAGCAAUUUUCUUGAUCCUGGCACUCCACCACCCUACACAGCACAAAGUUCUAAUGACUGGACUCUGUAUCACAACCAACUAGAGUUUGAGUGUGCCGAAUUUAUGUACACUAAAAACCAGAUGUCCACUGGUGACAUUGACAAAAUCCUCCACUUGUGGGGGGUCACUCUCACUGUUCAUAAUGAUAAACCACUGUUUGCUGACCACAGGGACUUGUACAAGACUAUUGAUGCCACACCACUAGGCAAUGUUGCCUGGCAAAGUUUUUCUCUCCAGUAUAAUGGCAAUCAACCAGCUGGACAGUGCCUGCUAUGGAUGGAACAGUCGCAUGAAGUCUGGUUUUGGGACCCCCACACUGUCGUCAAGAACAUGCUCACAAACCUGGAUUUCAAACAUUCAAUUGAUUAUACACUGUACCAUGAGUUUGAGGAGAAGGGUGAGCAACAUUGUUACAACGAUUUUGUGUCAGGAGACUGGGCCUGGCAGCAAGCAGACCAAAUUGUGCAGGAUCCAGAAACACAUGGUGCAGCUUUUGUUCCCAUCAUUGUUGGCAGUGACAAGACAACUGUUUUCAUUGCUACCGGUCAAAAUGACUACUACCCACUGUAUCUCUCAAUCGGAAAUGUCCACAACAACAUUCAGUGUUCUCAUUGCAACACAUUGGCCCUGAUCAGUUCUAGUUUGAAGCUUACAUUGUCAUCAUUGUAUGUAGCUGAAAAAAAGAACACAGAUGAUGCAAGAUACCAUAAAUUCAAGAAGCAAUUAUUCCACUCCUUGCUGUCAAAGAUCUUCAGUACCCUCAAACCUGGAAUGACAAUGCCUGAAGUCACAUGUUGCAGUGAUGGACACUACUGGCACAUUUUAUAUGGACUUGGUCCCUACAUCGCUGACUAUGAAGAGCAGGUGGUACUGGCAUGUAUAGUCAAAGAUUGGUGUGGAAAAUGCCUUGCAUUUCCCUCAACUCUUGAUGACGGAGGUGUUUCUCAGUCAUGCAAACACACUGAUGUGCUUGUGGGCUUGGUUGAUUUUGGUGUCCUUUGGGAUGAGUAUGGUAUUAUUGGUGAGCUAGUGCCCUUUACAAAUAACUUUCCUUGCACCAACAUCCAUGAGCUCCUUGCUCCUGAUAUUCUGCAUCAGCUCAUCAAAGGAACAUUCAAGGAUCACCUCGUUGAAUGUGUGUGUCAGUAUCUGGAACUUGAACAUGGCAAAAUUGGGGCCAAGGUGAUUUUAGACAACAUUGACCAAAGAAUUGCUGCUGCUCCUUCCUUCCCUGGUCUAGGAUGCUUUCCGCAAGGGUGUGGAUUCUCUCAAUGGACCGGAGAUGACUCCAAGGCAUUGAUGAAGGUUUACAUACCAGCAAUCAAAGGCCAUUUCUGCUACAUCGCAUGUGCAAAUGUGGUUACAGAUGAGACUCUUGCGCAGCUGAGGGAUGCCCUUAGGCACUUUCAUAAGUAUCACACCAUUUUUGAGACUAGCGAAUCCAAACACAUCAAAGCAGUAAAGGAACCAUGGUGGCAUUCAAACAGGUACAAUCACCUAGAUAAAAUUGCAGCAUCAAGAGUUGAUUUUGCUGCAUGUGGUAUGCUUAAAGGCUCUUGUGCCUUUAGUUACUUCAAUUCAUUUUGUACAUGUUUUAAUGUAAAUGCACGCAUACUGUCAGUACCAUUACUCCCAACCCUCAUCUGUCUCUUCCUAUACAAUCAAAUACACAUGGAUGAUCACCAUUCUUCUGCAGAUGUUCUGCUUCGUGACUAUCCGUCCUAUAUGGGAGCUAUCAAGGUUUUUAAUUCAGCUGCUGUAACUUUCAUUGCACCCAGUGAUCCAAGUGGAAUCACUGGCAUGCGCCGUGAGCAUCUCUGUGCUGUACCUUCAUGGCACAACGGACCAGGCCACUUCGACUGUGCCUUUGUCAACACAGACGACAGGCAGGACAGAAUACUAAGCAUGGAUGUUGUUUGGAUAUUUUGCUUUUUUUCUUUCACUUUCACUAAUAGUUGCACCUAUUCAUGCACACUUGUUCAGUGGAUCUAUUGGAUUACUGAGGAACAAGACAAAGCUACAGGAAUGUACAUGGUUGCACCAUCUUUUGAUGAGGAUGGCUCUCCCAACAUGUCAAUAAUCCAUAUUGACAGUAUUGUUCGUGGUGCUCACUUGCUUCUGAUAUUCGGUACUCAGUUUGUUCCACAGGGAUUUUACAUAAAUCGGUUCAUUGAUCACCAUUCUUUUGAGCUAGCAUCUUGA